AUGACUCUAUCUGUAAUGCCUACACACUCAUCUGCACAUUCUCAGCAGCACUCUCCAACGGGCAGGUCUCUGCCUCCUCUACCUCCGAUCCAGACACGAAAUCUCUACAACCCCGAGCAGUCUGCCUCCGUUCAACCAAGGAGUCCACAAGAUACACGCAAACAUAUGGACCAACAGUUCCGUCAGCGAUACCUCGUGAAUCACGUCCUUAAUGAAUAUGAGGAUAACAAGCCUUUGAAGAAAUCAGACGUCGUCGCCAACGCCAAUGUAUCGUCGCCAACUUCCAAAAAGCCAUUCAACAGCAACUUUCUCAAGAAGGCUCGUCAGGCGUCGGAUUCGGCCCUCCGGACUCUGAACCGAAAGCCAUCCGACAGCAAUCUGGACGCAUCUCAGAAGAGCGAACUGACCGCAUCUCCAGGUGCUUAUGAACAAAAUUCUACAGCACAACGUAACCCAAAUCCACAGCAGAUGUCAGUCCGGCCGGUCGCUCCUCCACGUCCACCUCAUCCACAACAGUACCUCGAUAGCAAGGUACCUGUUGACUGGACAGCCAACCCCCAGGACUUCCUGUCCGAGCUCCGCAACCCAACUGAAUGCAGAUCCGAACCGAUACAACAAAAUAUGUCAUUGCCGGACAUGAACGAAGAGUAUGGCAACAACAAUAACAAUAACAACAACAACAACAACCAUGGACCUGCAGCCGCAGGGCCUGCCUCUCCGCCAGGAAAUCAGGUCCUUCCCGGUCAAGCAACAAACUCUAGUCGCAGCCGCCCAAGGGUACAGCCUCACUGUCUUGCAGGGAUGUCAAGCGAACCCGUCCCGACCAUCGGCUUAGACGACAGCAGCAUUGCAGAACGUCAAUGGAAAAAGUCCCAAAGAAACAUCAAAUGGAAUCCGGGUUAUCAGCCCCAAGCGCCUCCAAGGGGCAGCUCGCGAUUUGCAUGCAGUCCUCAACAUCCCGUCCAGCCUGCCUUACCAGAGGAGCCGUCAUCAAAUCUUGCAGGGAAUCACAUUCCUGCGAAGAGCAAGGAACAAUCUUACACAGCCCCGGGAACCCAACAUGCGAUGGAGGGAGAGGCCACAGAGACUGGGCCACAAUGUGCGCAACAGCCUACUUCUACGAAGUUACCAAGGGUGAAGGUACAUAGCGGACUCUUCCCCCAGGAUGUGCUCAGGAACAUGAACCCCGAGGAUCUCAAGAAGGCGAUUAACGCUAGUGUGAUCGCGAGUCGUAUCUACAAGGUCAUGAACUCUGAGCAGUUGGAUAGUCUCAAGAAGGAGCAAGACGAGCUGGAGCAGUUUAUCGAAUCCAUGACGGUCUCCCUAUUGAUCGAAACCCGCGUGCGCGAGGCAUCUCUCUCAUCCAUCCGGAUGUAUGCAAGUAGUUCCAAGAUGGACUCUCUCAAGGCGGCGACCGACCAACUCCAGACGGCGACUCAGAAGAUGGAUUGCCUUCACCAGACGAUCCAGGAUUCAAUGUAUCGGCUGAAGACGAUCCAGGGGCUCUUGUUGCAACACGAGACUGCGACCUUGAACGCGGGACUCCGACGCUCGGACAGUGAGAACCGUGAGCUCUCGAGAACUAUCCUCAGGCUCAAUGCAACUGCUACGUCUAGGGAUCAAGAAAAGAAGGAGCUCAGCCAGAGCAGUAUUUUGCAAGCAGAGGAGAUGACGGAGUUGAGGGACCAGCUGGAUGUGGUACGGUCUUGGGCGGACGAGUUUACGUGCUCAGUCCAAAGCCGAAGGUCUGGACGCAGGAAAAUGAGUCCCCCUCCAACGAAGAAUGCGCUCCAGAAUCAACUCCAUCAGCUGCAAUCCUCUGUUAAAGGUGAAUUCAAAGAGAUGGAUUACCUUCUUCAAGAACAAAGGGCCAAGAUCGAGGCCCUCACGGGGGAGAACACGAGCCAGAGCCAGAGCCAGCACCAAAGUCAACACCAGAGUCAACACCAGAGUCAACACCAGAGUCAAAAUCAGGUUAUCGACUCCAAGAAGGCCGAGACACCUCUAUCCCCAUCAAGAACAGCAGCUCGGGUCAGCAACGACGGUGGUGCGAAUUUGGACCCGGAGCUGAAUCGAGCACGACGUGUGCAGCGGGCGGCUCGACGCAGAGGGCAUUCAAGAGAAGAUUCGGAACUUGGUACGGUCCUUCGUGAGAGCUUGGAGGAAUUGAAUCGACAGAUCCCGAACACCAUGGCUAGCCAAGUAUUUUCAACAGCUAAUUCUGGGACUUUGGUCUCGGUAGAUUCGCAUGUGUGCUGA